AGCCCACCUACUCUCUCUGUGUAAUCGGAGUAGGUGAGGCUAGAUAAGUUGGAAAGUGGGGCUCAAGGAACCCAGACCACUCACAAUGAGGAACCGGGACAUGUACAUGUCUAUGACAUUUGAAACAGAUGAAUGAAUGGAAUGGCUAGGGGGCUGCCCACCACUCGGACCACUUAUUGACUAAUUACUGGAUGGUCAUGUGUAAUGCAUUUUACUCCCAAAAAAUGUUUUUUCUGCCAUGGCGACGUACAAUUCUCGAACUCUCUCAGCUCGUUCUGGAUAUGCCUAAUUAUGCUUUACUUCACAUUGUUUUCUGUAUUUUAGUAGCGUUACAGAACGGGUCAGAAAUGCAUUAGAAGAUGUGUCUGUAAGGACCUUUUUAAGUUCACAUACCGGGUUUUUAAAGUUUUGUACCAUUGGCAUUUAGUUUUUUUCCUUGCGCUAAAACUUGAACUGGAGUAACUUGCCUAUUGCACAGCUGGCUAAAUAGCUUACGGUAUUUCAAAACUGUUUUGUUGCAUCAUUUUAUUGUUGCUAUGAACUGUGGUGAACUGAAUAUAGCCUUAUAGGACACUUCAGCUGAGAGUCUGCAUGCUGGCUUAAUAAAGUACGAGCUAUAUUAAGCAGGUUAGUUCGAGUGUUUAAAUACAUCACAACCGCAACCUAUCCACGGGUGUUAAGUAAAUUAAUUCCCUUAUGCAGUAGUUUUUCCUAUUAAUAUUAGUAUGGCUGAAAACACGUAUUUAUUUAUUUUUGGUAUUUUUUAAGUAUACAUUUAAUAGAACAAUGUCUGUAUUUUUGUUAGGAAUUAGCAAAAUUGGAUUUAGUACUGCCUCUUUAAAACUGCUCUAUGCAGUGCUUUAUGGGAGAUAGUGUCCUUGAAAGAAACCAAAUGCGCGUUCAGAACGCAAAGCGCGCCCCAAAGACUACAACUCCCAGUGCGCGGUAUUUCUUACGGAAUCUCUGUGUACAGUCAUCCAGACCGCAGCGUUCUGCUUGACAUGGAGGUGCUAGAGAAAAUGACAGCGGUGUUUCUAGCAUUGUCUGUUUUAUUCUCGAACUCUCUCAGCUCAGUGGCUUCUGCUUUUAAGUUCAAGGCUGUUUAUUGCACGAUAUCUAACAACUGCGACUGUGACUUCCACCCGGACCUUCAAGCAGGGCUGGAGUGGGAGCUGUACCGCAAUGUGUACGGGCAGCACCUCGCUCAGGAGGCCGUGUCGGAGAGGCUGGCUGAGUUCAUCAACGAUGCGAGCCCGGAGAAGCCGCUGGUGCUGUCCUUCCAUGGCUCCUCUGGCACAGGGAAGACCAUGGUGAGCUGGCUGCUGGGGAGGUACCUGUACGGCUCAGCCAUGAUCAUCCCCCACGUGCACCGGUUCAUACCCACCCUGCACUUCCCUUACCCACACAGGGUGCCGCAAUACAAGAAGGAGCUGAAGGCCUGGGUGGAGGGGAACCUCACGGCUUGUGCCCGCUCCGUGUUUGUCUUCGAUGAGAUGGAUAAGAUGCCCCCUGGUCUCAUUGACGUCCUCGUCCCCUUCCUGGGGUCGUCCCACGUGGUCUACCAGACCAACUACCGCAAGGCUAUCUACGUCUUCAUCAGCACCGCCGGUGAGGAGCAGAUAAACCGAUUGGCUCUGGAGGCGAGGCGGGCCGGCCGCGACCGGGAGGAAAUCCGAUUGGAGGAGCUAGAGGACGCCAUUGCACAGGCAGUCUUCAACAAGAGCUGCAACGGGUUCUAUCACUCGGAGAUUAUCCAGGAGAAGCUGGUCGACUGCUUUGUGCCCUUCCUGCCCCUGACUCGCCGUCACGUGGAGCGCUGCGUACGCCGUGAGCUGUGCCUGCGUGGGCAAUGCCACCGUCAUGACAUCAUCGAGGCAAUCACGGGGGCCAUGACCUUCUCCCCCGAGAGAGAGCGGCUCUUCUCACACAGCGGCUGCAAGACUGUACCCGCCAAGGUCAACUACUACCUCUGAGAGUCUGCAACAGCAACAAGAAGCUUGGAAGAACCUGAGAGCAGCAAAAGAGCCUUGUCCGUCCACUGGGCUUGCAUUCCGGGAUGAAUUCAGUGCCUGUGAAUGGUGGUCUCCAAAUGGAGGGUAAAGCACAGUAAUUUCAGCACACCAGCGUGCAUCGCAGUUCAGUCCCCCCAGAAUAGAGCCAGGGAAUACUGUUAUUGGUGCAUAACAGCCUGUGAAUCACUGAGCUGAAACUUUGCAUGUAAACUGGAAUUUGAAAGACAGUACCCCAGUCACAGAGUUUGGGGUCAUGGUUUUGCCUCCCCAUGUCAGCUGUGCUCUCCAGCAAAGCACAAUUCUGCAAAAUAUUUGUUAUGCUUUUAUGACCCUAUGAUAUACAUUGUUAAUCAUCAUUUAUUACUGUUUUUCCGCACAAUAUUUGGCAUGUUUAAUAAAAUCCCCAGCAUAUUUAAUAUUUAAUAUUUUUCAUUGCAAAUCUUUUUAACAAAUAAUUACCUUCGUUCUACUUUAUACAUAAAAUAUGAUGAUGACUUAAACAUGCCAAAUAUGAACAAGUGCAGAAACAGUAAUAAGUGAUGAUUAAGAACAUAUGUCUGACUAAUAAAAAGAAAAAGCUAAUUCAGAGGUCUAAAGUAUUCCUUUAAUAAAGUAGAACUACUAAGGCAAUCGUGUUUGCUACAAAAUAAUCUUUGUAACCAACUGUGCCUGCAGAUGUAGACAUAAUUAAAAUGGUUAACUAGCUUUUUCUAAAAUUGAAAAACGACUCUGCUUCACCUUUUCUAGAUAUGAAAACCCAUGCAAAACAGUGCUUCUCUGGGAUCUAAUACAAAGGUAACAUCAUUUUGUAUAGUGCCUUUUAAGACUGUCUUCUCAAAGGGGAUUUAUAGCUAAUCAAUAAGAAUGGUAAAAAUAACCUAUAUAAAACUACAGCCAAUCAAAGCUGCUGCAAGAACAAACAAGUGAAUGCUUCAGUAUUAAAUGUGUAAUUCCUAAGGGUUUGAAGUCUAUUUUAGUAGCCUGAGUACUAUUUUAACUGCCGCAGAACCAGUUCAUCAGCAUUGACAUCUUUAUCAAUGCAGAAAUCAUGCAACGCUGUGCGAGAAUGCCACAUGCAGACAGCCCUAGACAUGUUUCAUGUAAGUGGAUGAGGAGCAGAUGUGUUGCAUUAAAUGGAUAACAUUUUGUUAAUAAAUGGUUUGAAAUAAAUUAUGUUAAGCUUUGCUCCUGAACCCAGUACUGUGAGAAUAUCACCUAACGGGAGCAAAGUGGUGGUUUUAUUUUAAAUUAAACUGCAAAAUACUGUGGGUUAUUUGAUGAUAUUGAUGGGUGUACACUGUACUGUGCUUCCACAUUAUAAAGCAGUAUGGCUAGUGUAAUGCCCCAUAAUGCCAUUACACUAGCACUUGUAUUAUCGUUCUUAGGCGGAACACAGAUUGCACAGUCUCUUACCUAUAGCUCCAGACUAGAGAGCUAUAUAAAGGAGGAGCACUUUAUUUUGGUUUCAGUAGAAAGUCCCCCUAUUGCUCACAAUGUACAGUAGCAAGGGAAUGGUUGUAUUUUAAUACUUGCUUGUAACACAUUGCUACUUCAUAAAGUAUAUCCAGUCAUAUCCAGUGUGUCUGUGGAGGAUUAUUGUCAACAUGCCCCGACAGGAUGUACAAUGCAUAUAAACUUACUGAAUGGUCAGGGGGAAGUGAAAUAGGGUAUGGAAUCUAAUUUAGUCGUAGGGUUACAGCUGUUUUUAAUGCAGCAUUAAAACUAGUUAUUUGAAACUCUUGUGAGCGCUUUAGAAUUGCAAUCUACUCGGCUUGAUUUGCAUGGGUGCGUUAUGGAAAAAUUAAGGUUAAUACAACUCCUGUUAGGGUUUUGCCAGCAGGUGGUGCAGUUGUCUUAUAGAGGCACAUGUGCAUUAGGUAUGAGGCGAUGUUUGAUGUCUCAAAUCCAGGGGGUACCUCCUGCUUUUAUAAUUCAAAUAUAGAUAUUUGGUUCUGUAGUAUAUUAAAUGUAAAUUCAUAUUUAGAAAUAUAUUUUACAUAUAGCCCUGACGUGUUAUAUCAAGUGUGUAUCUAUCUAUCUAUCUAUCUCUAUCUAUCUAUCUAUCUAUCUAUCUAUCUAUCUAUCUAUCUAUCUAUCUAUUUCAGAUUGAUGCUUCCUUUUUUUCAUUUUACACUGGGCUGUAGAGUGACAGGGAUAGAAAUGUGCAGGGAUGGAAAUGAGAUGCAUAAUGCAUAGCAGUUUCACCCAUUCUGGGUUUUACUAGGAGCUAGAUUAGCCCCAGUGUUUAGGUAACAAGCUCAGGAGUGUCUUAUUAAACCAGGAACUGCUAUGCAAUAGGAGUCUUAUUUCCAUCCCUGUUGUGCAGCCCAGUGGUUAGUGGACUGGGAAGCAGUGUGGAAAUAUAUUUUAUUUUAUAUUAAGUUAUAUUGAUACAUUUUAUAAGAUUUGUAAUGUAAUUCCCACUUUUAAUGUAUGCAUAUGCUUUUUAUGCAAUUAAUAAGCAUUGUUGCAUGACCAUUGGUGUAUGCAUUAAUAUGUGUGUGUGUGUGUGUGUGUGUGUGUAUGUAUUUAGUACACACACAUUGUAUGUGGAUUUGAAUGUGUGCUUUUGUGUUUUAUAAGACCGUGGAAUGUAAGCUUCCCAAACAAUGAAACCCAGAACAAAAAAAGAUGUGUCCGGUUGUCAUUAUCAAUGUGAGGCUAUCUCUCUCAGCUCUGAGUGGGCUCUCUGUGUGCCUGUUGGUUUGUGCGUGUCUCUGUGUGGCAGAGAGGAGAGGGCCAGGCAGCUGUGGUGCCAGCUGUGUGCCAGUCUGUGAGAUCACCCUUGUUUGGGGGGAGGGGUCCUUCAAUGAUAUUUGUUCGUCCGUAACAUUUAUUCUGUACCAUUUGAAGGAGACGGUUAAAAGUGCUGUAAUAAUUAUAGAUUUACCAGCUCAUAAACGCCAUUCAUAAACAAGUUCUUGUUAGCAUUCACAUCAUUAUCACAGAUCUUUAUUGUGCUCUUUUUGUGUGUUUUUUCUUUCAUUUUAAUUGGGACUAUGCAGCUUCACAUUGUUAAAAAUGAAAGUUUAGACUUCCUUUUUCCUGGUACCAUAACACUUCCUGUGACCAAUGUGCCAUGUGACAAAGUAAGUAAAAGUGUACCAGGAAACAGUUUAAAUUUUACAAAACUAUAAAGUGGCUCUUGAUUUAAAAAAAUAAAAAAUCAUAUCCACAAUUUAAACAAAAAAUUGUCCAUUGGUCAAUGAGGUCAUUGAUUCCGAAGCCUUGGUUAUCAUUCUUCAUUAUCAUGAAGAAUAAGGAAUUACCUCAAAACAUGCAUUUUACAUAUGCUAUGUGAUAUGUGCAUACGUUUCUGGAAAUUUGAAUUCCAGCAAGUUCCAGGCUUAAUGGAGCACUUGCCAUACUAUCUUAUUCAAAGCAAAAUCAUGCGAGACUAUGGGAGAAAAGAACAUUUUACACAUGAAGAGCAGUUGUAUUGCGUUUAAAAAUGUUGGUAUAAACCAUUUAAAACCUUUUUUUUAAUAUAAAUAUGGUGAAAAUUGUUUGUAUACAAAAAUUCAGGUGGAACAUGCAUUAGAACUCAGUAUUUCAGUCCUCCACUUGGAUCUGCGAGUAUAGCCCAGAAUACCAUGUUACAUGAUGGUUGUUGGUUUAAUUCACAACCCAAAUACUAUGGCGAUACUUUGUCAUUUUUAUACUGAAAAUAACUAUUAAAAGCAUAUGAUGGCUUAGUUAAAAUGACUUACACAGAAUAAAGAAAAGUUUAGUCAACAUUAAAGAUAUUUUUUGUCGAAAUAGGGUGUUUUUUCUUUUGUUAUAACUGGGUCCUUUUUAUGAAAUGCACUAAAACAUACCUAUUGUAUUGGAAGUCCUGUCAUUCUUAUAGCUUGUGUUAGUGUCCUGGACAAUAGUAUUGUAGUGUUUCUGUUUAGGCUUUUGUGUUUUGUAGCUUUUUAAAAAUCUGUACAGAUGUCCUAUUUAAAUAAACUGCACCUUUUUAA